GUUACUGGAGGGUAAAAAUCCUGAUUUUCGAGACAACCGCACAGAGAGGCGGGAUACUGGCGCUGAGCGACAAAUCCAAGCGCUUUGUGAUUGGUCAUGUCGGGACAGAGAGCAGAGCGCAGUGGCCUAUUUCAUUCAGUAAAUCAUUGUUAAGCGCUCACCAAAAAGCAGAAGCUGUGCCAUUUUGAUAUGUUAUUUAAAUUUUAUGUGUUCCUUUAAAUUUUCAGUUUCAACAAUUUGCUGGAAUAUACGCUGAAUAAGCUUCGCUCCCCGUUUUUUCCGGUGACGGCCGCAGUUGGCUGGAGCUUCACGGAAAACCCGGAGAAGCGGAGUGGGGGCGGCCCGGCGCCGACCGCGGAGGUGCGCGUGCUCCGUGCCCCCGCGCGACGCGAAGGUUGCCGGGAUCCGCGGCAGCAGCGGCUGUUUGAGAUCUGUCUCUGGGGCCUCUGGCGGUGGCGGCCUGGGGCGGCGCGGCGGCUGGUGGGCAGGUACACUGAUACUGAAGUACUAUGAGCCUUCGGAACUUGUGGAAAGACUACAAAGUUUUAGUUGUUAUGGUCCCUUUAGUUGGGCUCAUACAUUUGGGGUGGUACAGAAUCAAGAGCAGCCCUGUUUUCCAAAUACCUAGAAACGACGACAUUCCUGAGCAAGAUAGUCUGGGACUUUCAAAUCUUCAGAAGAGCCAAAUCCAGGGGAAGUAGCAGGCUUGCGAUCUUCAGAUAAAGAAGCAGCUUUGAAUCUGAGCUUCAUAUCGAAAGAAGAGAUGAAAAAUACCAGUUGGAUUAGAAAGAACUGGCUUCUUGUAGCUGGACUAUCUUUCAUAGGUGUCCAUCUUGGAACAUACUUUUUACAGAGGUCUGCAAAGCAGUCUGUAAAAUUUCAGUCUCAAAGCAAACAAAAGAGUAUUGAAGAGUGAAGUAAAAUAAACAUUUGGGAUUACUAAUUUGUCAUUAAAUCAUUCUAUGCUGAUUAGCUUCAUAAACUUUGAACUUUUUGAUUUUAUAGCCACAAUGCUGCAUAUUCAUACUUUAAUUCCUAAAGAAUAAUUUUUAAUGUUAAAACAUGAUAAUGCAAUAAAUAGAAAAAUGUGGUUUACAAAAUAAAAACGGUCUUCACUAGUUACCACCUGAAGUAAGAUGUCUCGUUUGGAAGCUAAGAAGCCAUCAUUGUGUAAGAGUGAACCACUGACAACUGAGAGAGUCCGGAGCACACUUUCUGUCUGGAAAAGAAUUGUAACAUCGUGCUAUGGCCCUUCGGGUAGGCUGAAGCAGCUGCACAAUGGCUUCGGAGGUUACGUGUGCACAACCUCACAGUCCUCCGCGCUGCUCAGUCACCUUUUGGUCACACAUCCCGUUUUAAAGAUCCUGACCACCUCCAUACAGAAUCAUGUGUCAAGCUUCAGUGAUUGUGGCUUAUUCACAGCCAUUCUUUGCUGCAACCUGAUUGAAAAUGUUCAGAGAUUAGGCUUGACACCCACCACUGUCAUUAGAUUAAAUAAACAUCUUUUGAGUCUUUGCAUUAGUUAUCUCAAGUCUGAGACCUGUGGUUGUCGAAUCCCAGUCGACUUUAGUAGUACUCAGAUCCUCCUUUGUUUGGUGCGCAGUAUAUUAACAAGUAAACCUGCCUGUAUGCUCACCAGAAAGGAAACAGAGCAUGUCAGUGCUUUGAUCCUGAGAGCCUUUUUGCUUACAAUUCCAGAAAAUGCUGAAGGCCACAUCAUUUUAGGAAAGAGUUUAAUUGUACCUUUAAAAGGUCAAAGAGUUACAGAUUCCACUGUAUUACCUGGGAUACUCAUUGAAAUGUCAGAAGUUCAAUUAAUGAGGCUAUUACCUAUCAAAAAAUCAACUGCCCUCAAGGUGGCACUCUUUUGUACAACUUUAUCCGGAGACAUUUCUGACACUGGAGAAGGAACUGUGGUGGUCAGUUAUGGGGUUUCUCUUGAAAAUGCAGUCUUGGACCAGCUGCUUAACCUAGGAAGGCAGCUAAUCAGUGACCACGUAGAUCUUGUCCUGUGCCAAAAAGUUAUACAUCCAUCUUUGAAGCAGUUUCUCAAUAUGCAUCGUAUUAUUGCCAUCGACAGAAUUGGAGUGACUCUGAUGGAACCCCUGACUAAAAUGACAGGAACACAGCCUAUUGGAUCCCUAGGCUCAAUAUCUCCUAAUAGUUAUGGAAGUGUGAAAGAUGUGUGCACUGCAAAAUUUGGCUCCAAACAUUUUUUUCAUCUUAUUCCUAAUGAAGCAACAAUCUGCAGCUUGCUUCUCUGCAACAGAAAUGACACUGCCUGGGAUGAGCUGAAGACUCACAACUACCCAGAAAGCAUUCUCAAAGAUGAUGAAUGUACUCAAACGGAACUUCAAUUAAUUGCUGAAGCAUUUUGCAGUGCCCUAGAAUCUGUUGUUGGCUCUUUAGAACAUGAUGGAGGUGAAAUUCUCACUGACGUGAAGUAUGGACACCUUUGGUCAGUUCAGGCAGAUUCUCCCUGUGUUGCUAACUGGCCAGAUUUGCUUUCACAGUGUGGCUGUGGAUUGUACAAUAGCCAGGAAGACCUCAACUGGUGUUUCUUAAGAAGCACACGUCGUCCGUUUGUGCCACAAAGCUGCCUUCCACGUGAAGCUAUGGGCUCAGCCAGCAACCUAACCUUGGACUGUUUGACUGCAAAGCUUAGUGGCCUACAGGUGGCUGUAGAGACAGCCAAUUUGAUUUUGGAUCUUUCAUAUGUUAUUGAAGAUAAAAACUAAGAGAAUAGCAUGUUUGUAUUACAAAAGAAACAAAUAAACUAGUCUGUUGGCAAUUAAGAAAAAUUGUGAGUGUAUUUGUUCUCUCCCAAAGGCCUGUUCUACAUAUUUGGACAAACGACUCAUAAAAUUAUAGAUACACUUAUUUAGGGAAAAAGGUGAUUCGUGAAUAGAAAUGCCAUGAAAUAAUAAAAAUAUGAAGCAU